AUUUUUAUUAAUUAAUUCCCUUAUUUAUCAUCGCAGAAGAUUCAUUUCCGUUCUCCUCGCCGUUGACGUCCUCACGGUUUCCUCCUCCUCCUCCUCCUCCUCGAAUCUUCAAAUCUCGCCCUUCCCCUUCGCUUCCUUCGAUCCGAUCUUCGAUUUAGGGAGGAGGAGGCGGUGGAGAUGGCGCACCGAGUCGACCACGAGUACGAUUACCUCUUCAAGAUCGUCCUCAUCGGGGACUCCGGCGUGGGAAAAUCCAACAUCCUUUCCAGAUUUACACGCAACGAGUUCGCCUUGGAUUCAAAGUCAACCAUCGGCGUCGAGUUCGCCACCAAGACUCUUCAGAUAGAAGGGAGAACAGUGAAAGCACAGAUUUGGGACACUGCCGGUCAAGAAAGGUACCGAGCCAUAACCAGCGCAUACUACCGGGGCGCUGUGGGAGCUCUUCUCGUCUACGACAUAACGAAGAAGCAAACCUUCGACAAUGUGCAAAGGUGGCUCCGGGAACUCAGGGACCACGCCGAUUCCAACAUUGUCGUCAUGAUGGCCGGCAACAAGUCCGACUUGACGCACCUAAGAGCCGUCUCCGAAAGCGAAGGCCAGGAAUUUGCCGAAAAGGAGGGGCUCUCUUUCCUGGAAACCUCAGCUUUGGGGUCACUCAACGUCGAGAAGGCCUUCCAAGUGGUCCUCACAGAGAUCUAUCACAUCAUGAACAAGAAGGCCCUUGCAGCACAAGAGGCAGCGAGGAAUGCCGGCCUCCCUGGUCAAGGCACGACCAUCAACGUGACCGAUUCUUCCGCUGCUGGUAGCUCAAAGAGUUAUUGCUGUUCAAGCUAGAGAUGGCUCCCUCACCUGGUAAGCACAACUCAGUCACACUGAAGGGUCUGGAGAAUGGGAAAUAUUUGUAGAUUGUAUUAUUUUUGUUUGCACUGUGUGUGGUUUAGAGCUUAAAAAAUUAGAUCUCUUUGGGUAAAGAAAUUCCUCAUCAUGAAUCAGUGUCAUAGCACUGUGCAAAUAGCUGAGUUUAGAUCGUCACUUGAAUUUUUCUUCAUUGAGACGUAUAGUUCAAUUUGUGUUAACCUUUGUGUGCUUUCUUAAAGAUGAACUAGCUUUAUGUAAA